UCUGUUCCCUCCCACGCCCCAAAGGCGUACAGGUUUGCAGGGUAAUUGCCCGGGUAUAUAUGUAAAAAUGGUCCUUGGUGUAGGAUAGUGUUACUGUGCGGGGAUCACUGGUCAGUGCGGACUCAAUGGGCCGAAGAGCCUGUUCCACGCUGUAUCUCUAAUUGAAACUAAAAACGAAACUGAAGAGACAUUAGUGCUCCUUCUUCGCGAUUACAUCUGCGUUCUGGGCCCAGAAAAGGUUACAAACUCACUGAAUAUUAUUUUCACUGAUAAAUAUUUGAACAGGGAUUUGAGUUCUGGCUUUGUAUCCAACUAUAAGAUAAUUAAAUCUUUGCAACGUAUUUUAACGAGCUUGUGUACUCUUCCUUAGGUUAUGCUGGAGGUUUUGUUGCAUUCACUUUGUCAACAUGGUGACUAAAUCUUUGCUGUUAUUGGCUGCUCUUUGGACUACGAUAGUAAAUGCAGAAACCAUGGAGGAAACGAUUAAGAGGAAUCCACCCAGAAAUAUUUCUAUUUCCCACGGAAGUCUCGGAGAGUACACCUUGUCUUGGGAAGGAAACUGCACGUGUACAGAGGGCAUCGAAUACCAACUAGAAUACACCUACCUCGAUUCAAAAGACAACGAGAUGGAAAUGUACUAUUUGCAAGAAAAUCAAAAGGUGCUGGAUUUAGAAUUACACCGAGGACUACAGGCUCGAGUGAGGCUUACAUAUGGAGACAAUCCCGGAAUAACUAGCAAUUGGACUGAGAGAACGUUUGAUCUGUCAGGUGAAUUAUUCGCCUCAGUUGACAACUUGAUUUGCAUUUUCUAUGGUAAGCUGUACAUGAACUGCAGUUGGGAUGUUACCGAACAUGCAUCGGAGGGUGCACAAUUCAAUUUGUCCUACAGGGAGCGAAACCCAUCCGAGGUGUACAACUGCACAGAUUACCUGGUGGAUGGAGGGAGGAACAUUGGCUGUGUCAACCACAAAUAUCGCUUGGGCGAGGCCACCGAGACUAUCAUCUGUAUCAGUGAAGUGAACAAGAAAGACAAAUUGCCGUAUUGCAGAAUCGUGAAACCGGGCAGUUUCUAUAAACUCGACAGUCCAAUGAAUGUCACGAUCAACAAAAGCACGGAUGAGGUCGAAUGGACACUUCCAAAAUUUGGUUUAAAUAUUAUUUGUUACAAUUUUCAAUUAAACAUCACAAAUUUGAAUGAUAGAAACUCAAAGCUUGAAAAUGUGACUACCACAAAUCAUUUCAUCAGCAGGGAUCACACAAAAAAAUAUUCAGUGCACGUGAGAGUAGUGGUGAACGACAAUUGCUUGGAAAGCAGUAUCUGGAGUGACUGGAGCAAACCGCUUAUUAUUGAUCCUGAUGGAAGGGAUAUGUCUUUCCCGACAAUUGUGGCAGUGGUUGCAGUGAUUCUCGUCGCACUCGUGUUGCUCCUAGUUUUGGUCUGCAUGAAAUGUAAAUUAUUGUCCAAAUUGUGUCAACCAAUCCCCGAUGCUGAACAGAAGUUCAAGGGGCUUUUUGAAGAGUGCAAUGGUGAUUUUCAGAAAUGGAUUAACAAGAGUAUCCAGCUGACGAAUAAAGUGGAAGACAGCUCGUUGGCCACUGCAAAAUAAUUCCAAGAACCUUAAAAGAGACGUUGACACAUUUCCUUCUGGUUUCAUUAUCGGCAAUCCGUUGGUCUUCAUGGAGGAGGAAGAGGGAGUUCUAUUUAAAUGGAGAAUGCAAAAGAAAAUGGUGUCUCGAUUGUAGUUCAUGAAACCUUUCUUUCUGCAAGUGGGUGCGUGUAGUAAUGGCCCCACACUGGACUUUCCAAUGAGCACAGGACUUUGGAUGAAGUUCGCUAAAGUAGAGAGGAGAGAGAGACACGAUUGGCUUCUUCUUUCCACGAAACUGUUUACAAGGAUUUCAAUUCAAGAGUCAAGAGCGUUUUAUUGUCAUAUGUCCCAGAUAGGACAAUGAAAUUCUUACUUGCAGCAGCACGACAGAAUAUAUAGACAUUGUACACUGUAAACAAUUUAAAUAAGUGAGAAAAAAAGUUCAGUGUGUGUACUCACACACGUACACAUACAAAACAACACACACACACACACAAACAAUGGAUGGACGCCCAGAACAUUUUUCCUAGCGUUGAACGUAGCAGAUCAAAGACCGGGAGGGCAUAGCGUUAAGGUGAGUGAGAGGGGCAAAGUUGAAAGGCAUGUUUUUUUACAUAGAGAGUGGUGGGUGCCUGGAAUGCACUGCCAGAUGAGGUAGUUGACUAUCUUGGAAACUUUCCAAUCAGGUUUCAGGGCCCACCACAGCACAGACUCUGCCUUGUUGAAGGUACACAAUGACCUACUGCUCACCGUUGACUGCGGCGACUGUGCAAUCCUGCUCCUUCUUGACCUCAGCGCAGUAUUUGAUACAGUCGACCACACCAUCCUAAUUGACCAUCUCUGGUACGGGGUUGGUAUUGAUGGCACUGGCCUGAGCUGGUUCAUCUCCUAUCUCAAAGGGAGGAGUUUCUCUACUAACAUAGGCAACUCUUUCUCCUCCCCAGCUAAUCUCUGCUGUGGGGUUCCACAAGGUUCCAUCCGUGGCCCCAUUCUCUUCUCUCUGUAUAUGUUCCCCUUAGGCCAAGUCAUUGAAAGGCACGGCAUUUCCUUCCAUUGCUACGCAGACGAUACACAACUCUAUCUCCCCCUGAAGCCCAAAAAACGAUCAAAUCUGCUUAACCUUACCCGCUGCCUCGAGGAUAUAAAGUGUUGGAUGGCCCAGAACUUCCUCCAACUAAACGAGAGUAAGUCUGAGGUCAUCCUUCUCGGCCCCUCGGACCCAAUCAAAAUGAUAGCAGGCAGCCUUGGUAGCCUUACCCCACUACUCAAACCUCACGUCAAAAACCUUGGCGUGAUAUUUGACUCAGCACUGAAAUUUGACAAACAAGUCAAUGCCGUGGUAAAAGCCAGCUUCUUUCAGCUUCGGACAAUAGCAAAAAUUAAACAAUUCCUCCACUUUGAUGACCUUGAAAAGAUAAUCCACACAUUUAUCUCCUCCCGCCUAGAUUACUGCAACUCCCUCUACACUGGCAUCAGCCAAACAUCCCUGUCCCGCCUGCAACUGGUCCAAAACGCCGCAGCGAGACUCCUGACGCACCCAGAACAGGGACCACAUCACCCCGAUCCUGGCCUCUCUCCACUGGCUCCCUGUGCGGUUCCCUGUACAUUUCAAGACCCUCUUCUAUGUCUACAAAACCUUCAAUGUGCUUGCCCCCUCCUACAUUAAAAAUCUUCUCACCCACCACUCCACCUCCAGGUCCCUCAGAUCGGCCGACUUGGGGCUGUUGAAUAUCCCGCGGUCUAGGCAUAAGCUUAGGGGCGACCGCGCAUUUGCGGUUGCAGCUCCUAGACUGUGGAACAGCAUCCCCCUUCCCAUCAGAACUGCCCCCUCCAUCGACUCCUUUAAGUUGAGACUAAAAUCUUAUCUACAUUCCCAAGCUUUUCCUGAUGUCCACUGAGCGAGGGCUAUAUGUAUAUAUGUAUGUAGUUUGUUUGUUUAUACUAUUCUUAUAACAAAUGUAAAGCACUUUGGCUAAUGAGAGUUGUUUUUUUAAUGUGCUAUAUAAAUAAAUGUGACUUGACUUGACUUGACUUGAGUUGAGGCUGGGACUAUCGCAUCGUUUAACACCCACCAAGUUACCCCUCAGAUUCCUAUUAAAUCUUUACCCCUUCACCUUGAACCUAUGUCCCCCGGUCCUCGAUUCCCCCACUCUGGUAGGAAAGAUAUUCUGUGCAUCUACCUGAUCUAUACCUCACAUGAUUUUAUACACCUCAAUAAGAUCACCCUCAACCUCCUGCACCCCAUGGAAUAGAGACCCAGCCGACUCAACCUCUCCCUGUAGCUCGGACCCUCUAGUCCCGGCAACAUCCUCGUAAAUCUUCUCUGAACCCUUUCAAGCUUGACAAUAUCUUUCUUAUCCAUCAUGUUUCUUUUCUUUCUCAUGUUUUGAACCGGUCUAACUUGUAUGAUCUGGAUAUAGAAUAGAAUAGUUUCUUUAUUGUCAUUGUAACAUGAACCAUGUACAACGAAAUUUAAAAAUGUCAGCCAGUCAGUGCACCAUUCAAACAUUUCUAAAAGCUAACGAUACAUACAAGGUAAAAUAUUAAAAGAUAAACAACUAAAAUAAAUAUCAUGAAAAUAGCACGCAUAAACACCCAACCCUCCAUCCUUCUGUCGAUUUCACAGUGUACCACAGUCCCUUAGUAUGUAUCGCCCCUGCGUUCCUUGGCGGCUACAUUUAGUGCUUUUAUAGCAGUGGGGUAAAAACUGUUUUUUAAUCUGUUCGUCCUUGUCCUUGUAGAUCUGUACCGUCUGCCUGACGGCAACAGUUCAAACAGGGAGUGUCCGGGGUGGGAAAUGUCCUUUAUGAUGCUCUGGGAUUUUUUGGUGCAGCGGGAACUGUGUAAGUCCUCCAAGGUAAGGAGAGGGCAGCCAACAAUCCUCUGGGCGUUGUCAAUGGCCCUCUGGAGCGCUUUCCUCUGAGCCGCUGUGCAGCUGGUGUACCACACGCAUACAUAGUAAGUUAGUAUGCUCUCAAUAGAGCACCGAUAAAAGGACAGCAGCAGUCUCUGAGUGAUGUUAUUCUUCCUGAGCACCCUCAGGAAGUGCAGUCGCUGCUGGACCUUUUUCAGCAGCGCAGUGGUGUUCACGCUCCACGUCAGGUCCUCCUCAAUAUGGAUUACCAGGAAGCGGAAAUCCGCCACCCUCUCUACACAGUCCCCUCUGAUAGUCAA